AUGGCGACUGUCUCCCUCACCCAACCUCCAACUUUCUCAGAAGUCGCUCGGAAACGUCGUUUGAUGAGCCGGUCGGAUGAAGAAAUCGAGGACAAUAUAGACAUACGAAUCCAGUACAGGACAGGGUGGCCAAAGCUCGCUCAUCUCCCUUUGAGGACCGUAUACGAAGGCAACCCUGAUGCAUUCUUUCCAGAUCGGCAAACCCAUAUUUCACAGAUCAUCACUAUCCUCAGAGCACAGCAAAUCCCUAUAAGCUCCAUUUCCGUCGUCUACCGCGUGCCGUAUGGUGGCGACAACAGCAACAAGUUAGACGAAACUACUGCCACUUUACUUGUCACCACGUUCCCCGACGGUGACUAUAAUAGUUUUGUCGCAGCACGAGAAAUUCGGAAAUAUCUCAAUAGUCAUGAGAUACAUGUUUUAAUUGAGAUCAUUGAUGAGAGAGCUUUAAAGCCAAGCGUCUUUCCCAUUCUUCCUUCUGAUAAGGAGCUUAUCAGCAUUUGGAACGAGAGGUUGAAACAGACAACAAUCGAUAUUCUGAAAGCCAGUUGCUUGAAGGUAAUCUCGAUCACUAGCUGCGGACCUAUUGGAGGGACUUGGACUGGGAGUAUGGGAGGCCCAGUACGGCUUGAAAAGGGCGGUGAGGAUAUGGGCGUGUUCGGCCUAUCUAACCACCAUGUGGUAAGGUCUGAUAGCUUAGAAGCUGUGACGGAAAAUAACACCCCACUUCGUCCCACACAUUCUUCUGUUAAAUCGAUGUCAUUUCUUAUCACGUCACAGAGUGACCGCGACACGGAUCUGAUACUCCAAACUACUGAGGCUGGAGUUGAUGAAUUGAAGAAAGUAUUAAAAGGCAGGCCUGGUACACUGGGUCUUGAAGCAAUGGCUGAGACGGGUGAACGCUCCAAAGCUAAAUCGCUUGAAGCUGUUCAAGAUCGUCUUGCCCGUGCUGAACAUCGAGCAUUGAUAAUAAAAGAUGCGAACAGAGUACUUGGGAGUGUGUCUACGGGUUGGACAGAAGGGAAGGUUAGUGCGAUAGAAACGGUGUUUUUGAAAGGUGAAUCUAAGUACACACACGAUGUCCUCGCGUGGCCUGUGGUGCCUUUACAUCGGCACAAAUAUGACUUUGCUGCUCAGGGAGAUGCGGGUGCGGUGGUGGUUGUCUCUGACGAGCUUGCUGUGGAUUGUGGGUGCUGGGUUGGUUUGCUAUUCGCCGCAAAUCUAGCAGCAGGAACCGGCUUUUUUGUUCCGAUGAGCUUGGUCCUUAAGGACAUUUCUGAGAUAACUGGCUGCCAGGUUGUUCAGCCCAGUAAAAUAUACUUUUGA